CCUACAAAAUUUUCUUUUAAAAAGAAAAGAGGAAGAAAGGCCAUCGAUUUGGUACGAGAAGUAGAAACGGUUGGGAUUUGAGCGAACCGCUACCAUCUUAAGGCAAGGUGCUGUUCAAAUCAAGCUAGGGCUCAGUAUUUUCGGAGCGAUCGAAGCAGAAUGGAGAAGCUUGGUGUUCUGCACUUAGAAGUGGGCCAACUGGCUGAAAUGAGAACAUUUGUCCGGGGAUUUCGUGGUGCUUGGUUCAGAUGCAAGAUCAAGGAUGUCUUCUUGGAAAAGAACAAGAUUCUGCUGGAGUACUACGAUUUUUCAGAUGAAGAGAUAUCUUGGGCUAAAAUAUAUGAAGUGCCUCAUUAUGGUAGGAAGUCAAAGCAGAUUAAAAAACAACUGAUGAUGCGGCCACACUAUCCUCAAAUGCAUCACACAAGUGAAAUGCCUCCUGUCAACUCAAUUUCAGAAGUAUGUGUUAUUAACGAUGGUACAUGGAAGGUUGGGGAUUUGGUGGAUUGGUUUGAAGAUAGUAGUUAUUGGUCUGCAAGGGUGAUCAAAGUAUUGAGCGACGACAAGGUUAAGAUUGAGUUGCCAAUGGCUCCAGCAGGAGAAGGGGGGGUGCAUGAAGCAUUCUGUAAGGAUUUACGCCCCUCCUUAGACUGGUCUGCAGGAAAAGGCUGGACAUUGGCUACCAUGGAAGGUCAGAGUUCAUGUAGCGCACAACUUAUUUUUCCAUCACAGCAAGAUGAAGUAAAUUGCUUGGAUUCUGAGAGGGAGGAGGCAUCUUCUACUUCUCGUAUAUCUGCAGCAAUUGCAAUUGAAGGAGGAGAUAGAGAAAGACAGCAAGAAGCAAAUAAGAUGAACUCGGAACAAGUGAAAAUGGAUGGAAAAGCUGUUAUUUCUUCUUCUUCUUCUUCUUCAGAAGACAGUAUAUCGACAUUGCAUGUUGAAGAAAGUAAAGAAGAAGAAGUUGUUGUCGGUUCGGCAGAGUACAGCAGCAGCAUAGAGCUGAAUAUGAUGCAUGAAGAGACGUUAGAAGCAACGAUAUUAGACCUGGAGGAACUUGCAAACAGAAUAAAAUGGAUUAAAAGCAUUUUAGAGACCAAUCAAGAUACAUCAUCAUUAUCAUCGUCGUCUCGUUGGAAGUUUACUUGAUUAGCAGUUAAGUCUCGCUGUUUUUUGUUACUCGAGAUUCUAUGUUAGUGUAGUAUCUGAUACGGGGUUGUACAAAUCAAGAAUCUUUUUUGUUAAAAGAUGGUGGCUUAUGGAACCCCUUUUUGUUUCAUGUCAA